AUGCCUCAACCAAAGAAACAGAAACGACCCGCGAGAAUCACCAGUUUCCCCUUCUUCCCCAGACUACCUCUGGAGCUCCAGGAUGAGAUUUGGAAAUUCGCUCUCGGAAACGAUGUCCCAGCUGCUCACAUCGUCAAUAUUGACCAUGAACACUCUGCUGAUCAAUCUCCGGCUCAUUUGCUUCUGCAACGCCUGGUUGCAACAGGAUACAGUAGUCGAUUUAUGAAGCCUGUAUCUCCUCCCCGUCAAGCUUUGGUACAGACUUGUCGAUGUUCGCGACUGAUCGUCGAGAAAAUCAUCAAGACAUGGGAAUGUUACUACCACCCACACGCCCAGCCAAUGAACUACUCCUGCCUUUAUGAAUAUGAUAAGUUUCAUUCAAAGACAUAUAUGGCAGCAGGACCACCUCGACCGAGGAUGUACACCUCCCGUGACCUCUUCGUCAUUUCCAAUCCCUGGAUCGGAGGUGAAUAUAUCUACAACGGUAGUCUUCCUUCUCAGAGCAUAUCCGUUAAGUACGCUGCUAUCCCUUACCCGCAUGAUGCAAGUGGAUGUUGGGUUCAUGUUUUGAUGGGUGACACCUCCCCUGAGAGAUUCCAGUACGGCGAUCGGGUCUAUCACGAAAUCUCGGACGUGCUACUGAUGAAGCUGAACCAACUUCCAGGCCUGUCCCAGGCAGUCACCGACUUGGAAAAGGUCGCAAAGGCUCAAAGAGCGAAGAAUGGUGGAGACAAAUCACCUCUGGUCAUCCGGUUUAUAACUUGGUAG